AUGUCUCUCACUUCCUCCACACCAGAAGAUGCAGCACGGUCAGCAUCUCUGUCUGCCCGAUCUCUGGCCAUCCUGCCUGUCACUGCUCGAAACGAAGCCUUGAGCAUAAUACAUCAAGCUCUCUCAAAAGCAAAAUUGGAUAUCCUAGAAGCAAAUGCCAAUGACAUGACCCUAGCUAUGCAAGCCUCAAAUUCCGGUACACUACCACAAUCACUUGUCAAAAGGCUGGAUCUCAGCAAACCAGGCAAGUACGAGGAUAUGCUCCAAGGUAUCCUGGACGUUCGCUCUCUGCCCGACUCACUGAAUCAGACGACUCUGCGAACGAGGCUUGACGAUAACCUUGAGCUCGAGCGGGUUAGUUGUCCUAUAGGCGUACUGCUUAUCAUCUUCGAGGCACGGCCAGAAGUGAUAGCGAACAUUGCCGCUUUGGCAAUCAAAUCUGGUAACGCGGCUAUACUCAAGGGUGGAAAGGAGAGCAGUCAUUCCUUUGAAGCUAUUUCACGUGUGAUCAGCUCUGCGCUAGAUGAAACACAAGUCCCAAACCAGGCUAUUCAGCUUGUAAAAACAAGAAACGUCAUUGACGAGCUUCUUCAGCUCGACCGCUACAUCGACCUUGUAAUACCAAGAGGUGGAAAUGAACUAGUAAAAUACGUCAAGGAACACACACGGAUACCUGUUCUAGGCCACGCAGACGGACUAUGCUCAGUGUACUUACACAAGGACGCUGACCCAGAAAUCGCAAAAAGAGUCGUGGUGGACAGUAAAUGUGACUACCCAGCAGCUUGCAACGCAGCAGAGACACUACUAGUCCACGCAGACGUCCUCGAAACAAUACUACCAGGCGUAGCAGAGGCACUACUCGCACGAGGAGUAAGCUUGAUCUGCGAUCCACAGAGUAAAUCCGCCCUACAGAAGCAGCUACCUUCCUCGAGCGCUGCAUUACUGCAAGACGCAACCGAGACAGAUUAUGACACCGAGUUUCUUGAUCUCAAAAUCGCAAUCAAGACUGUGCCUGCAAUUUCUGACUCAUCCUCCUCCGACGCAAGUCUCGACCUCGCAAUAUCACACAUCAACGCCCACUCAAGCUCUCACACAGACAGUAUAGUCACAACCGACCAGAACGCGGCAGAGUAUUUCAUGAACGCUGUCGACAGUGCAGGUGUCUACUGGAAUGCGAGCACGAGAUUCGCGGAUGGAAUGAGGUAUGGUUUCGGUACAGAAGUUGGUAUUAGCACGAAUAAGAUCCAUUCGAGAGGGCCAGUGGGGCUGGAAGGGUUGACGAUAUAUAAGUAUAAGAUUCGGGGGCAGGGACAGGUUGCGGGUGAAUAUGGAGUGGGAAAGAAGGCGUACAAGCAUGAGCAGUUGCAGUGA